CUCAACCGAGCGGUAGCAUAAAUGUCAUCUUUUUGAUCGCCCCUUCAUCGCAUCGCAUUCCUUUUAUCCCCUCUCCUUACUCUCAUGCAGGCUAACACCCAAACACGAGUCCUUUUCCUCGAAGACUGGCUGGGCAGCGCCGCCAAAAAAAGAGACACUUUUCCGCCGCCGGUCACCGCAGUCUCUGCCCGAUCCAUCCUCCAAGCCUGGUCUGAUCUUCGUGACACUUCUCUCCUUUCUUCCGACUCCAAUCGCCUCGUUGCUGCCCUUCAAACCCUCGACGCCGCACGCUCUUCUCUGCAAAUCGCAGACCCCCAAGCUAAGCUUCUCCUAUCCCUUCUCUCCUUUGACCCACCACUUCCUCCGAAUUCCCUCUCCUUUAUACUCCGUCUCCUCUACUGCUGGCUCCGCAAAACUCCCCGCGCUUCCCCAUCGCUCGUCAACUCUGCCGCCGCCAAAAUCUCCCACAUAUUUUCAUUUCGGCCACAAUGCCCCGAGAUGUCUGUUCUUUUUCUCGGCGCCCUUAUCGUCAACCCUGCCCUCGAGGUCUCAAACAGAAGGGAUUGCCUUGACAUCCUCUACCGGAUAUUGGAGUCGGUGCAGUUAGAAGAAGAAGCGGUUGCCGAUUUUUUGGCUGGCAUCGGGUACGCUCUUUCUCGCUCGGACGAACCCUACUUCAGUAAAAUAUUUUCCUUCUUGCUUAAAAUUUGGAAAAGAGGCUCACCUCCCGCUUCAGUCUACUGCGGACUGAUGCUCCUUAGUUUAUUGGAGUGGUUGGUGACGAAUUUUAUUUAUUUGAGAACUUUGGGGAAGGUUGAGGUUGUUUGUGGAGAGCUUUCUGCUGCGAAUUGGGAGGCGAAAGGCUAUGCUCCGCUUGCCGUUUCCAUGGCUUCUGCUGGUUGUUUGAGGGCUUUCCGAUUGGUUCCGGGGACCAAUAGGAUUAGAUUGAGUCCCGAUAUGAAAAGGUCGGUGGAAGGUUCUAUUAGCUCUAUUGCUAAGCUUGUGGUUUCUAAUUUGGAUGGCUCUUUAGAGAGCAGCCAUCUUCUUCAAUGCAUUUCUAUUGGACUGGCUCGAGCUGGUCCUGUUUCCUUCAGCGCUCCAAUUCUUCUGGCUAUCUGCAAAGCAUUGUUGAAAGAAAUCUUCCCGCUUGGAAGUUUCUGCAGUAUGGCGGUUGAAAUUCAGGAAGGAACAUCAGUGGAUUUUGUUCUAGAGAAGGUGAAAGGACAUUUGGAUAGUGCUGCUUUCAAGGAAGCAGGUGUAAUUACCAGCAUCUUCUGCAAUCAGUAUGCUUCUGCUGAUGAAGAGCACAAGGGGAUUGUUGAAAAUUAUAUGUGGAAGUACGCGCUGGAGUUUUACUCAAACCUUCGUUAUGUUGUACUAGUGCAUCGGGGAAGGCAUGAUCAGUUGCUUGGAUAUCUCGAGAAAGUUGCUGAAGCUGCAUUUCUUAUGAUUGUUGUCUAUGCUGCAGAAGUUGCCAGCCAGAAGUUGAAUCCCAAAUCAUCAAAUGGGAUCCAAUCCGAAGCUUCUGUUCGGAUUUUAAUUGCAUUUUCUUGCAUAGAAUAUAUGAGGCGUGUUAGGUUGCCAGAGUAUACAGAUGCUGUUCGACGGGCUGUCUUGACCAUGCAGGAAAAUUCUUUACUUUGUGCCUCAUUUGUUGAGUCUAUUCCUUCAUACUCCGAGCUAACAGAUAAGCAAGGUUUAUUUGCUUUGGAGGGGACAAGAUAUGUUUGGUCCGAAGAUGAGGUGCAGACUGCCAGAAUGUUGUUUUACCUGCGUGUCAUACCAACCUGCAUCAGUUUCAUUCCGGCUUCGUUGUUUGGAGAGCUGAUAGCACCCACUAUGUUCCUAUAUCUUCAACAUCCUAAUGAGAAAGUGGCUAGAGCUUCACAUUCUGUAUUUGCUGCUUUCAUGUCUUCUGGAAAAGACACUGACAAAGACGAGAGAGUGGAUUUAAAGGAAAAGCUUGUUUUUUAUUACAUUCAGAGAUCUUUAGAGGUUUAUCCCGGCAUUACUCCUUUCGAAGGUUUAGCUUCUGGAGUUGCAGCUUUAGUUCGGCAACUUCCUGCUGGAAGUCCAGCGAUUUUUUACUGCAUCAACUGCCUUACUGAAAAAGCUAGGGAUCUUUGCAAUAAAGCUACCAGUAAAGAUGCGGAUAUGUGGAAGACUUGGGAUGGAAGCGCAGAAACAUGUAAAAAGGUUUUGGAUUUGCUUAUGAGACUGAUCUACCUUGUUGAUAUACAGGUUUUGCCCUACCUGCUCAAGCAAUUAGCAGAGUUCAUCCUUCAACUCCCAGAAGAUGGACAGAACGCGACGCUUGACGAGCUCUACGUCCAAGUAGCAGAAUCGGAUGAUGUUACGAGGAAACCAGUGCUCGUCUCAUGGCUGCAGUCACUCUCUUACUUAUGCUCACAGAAAGUAAGCUCAAGAACCAAACCCAACAACUUGAUUUCUCCGUCAAAUACUGCAGCCAGCCUGAAUGGGACAAGCAGACAAAUUCUGCCGAGUAUGCUGUAGUCAUAGAAUGCUGUAACGGUUGUUCUGUUUGUAUAUAUUAAGCUUUGGGACUUUUCAAGGGGAUUUAUUAAAUGUUGGGUUUAAGCCAAAACGUAGGAAAAAUAGGAUUUAAGAAUAUGUAGGAUUUAAAGAUGUUAUUUUUGCUGUUUGAUGGGGUUUAAGUUAAA